GUGAGCUCGGUCGAAUCUACUCUAAGACUAACUAAUAAAAUAAUCAUUCUUUUCUGUCGUCUUCUCAUCUCAAAUUCUUUUUUUAAAGAGGGAGAGAGUAAGUGAGAAACAGAGACGAAAACAGAGCAAGAGCAACCCUCCAACUCCAAGACAUGCGGACUGUACCAUUGGGAAUAUCGGCAUCUUCAACCGCUAUUAACUGCUCUGCAACUGCAAGGGUCUCUCUUCUCAACUCUUUCAACCCCAAGAAGCCCAACCCUUCUUCUUUUUCUUCUCCUAGGGUUUUCAACUCAACUGAUGAAUUCUCUUUCCUUUCUCUCUGCAAAUCAGGAGUGUGCAGAGCUAGUCAAGUGGUCGACUUGUUCCCAACAGUGUCCCCUGAGAUUGUUGUUCGGAAGGCAAGAUUAGAGGACUGUUGGGAAGUGGCUGAGACUCACUGCAGUUCUUUCUUCCCCGAGUAUUCUUUCCCAUUAGAUUUUGUCCUAAGGAUUGACAGGAUUGUGGGAAUGCUGGCUGGAUUUUCAAUUCCGAAUGGUUGCAGGAGAACUUGUUUGGUUGCUGUAACCAGUAGCUCACUAGAUGAAACAUUCCUCUUAGGAACUCAAGACUUGAAGAUUGGAGGUUUAGAUGGGAAAAUUAGUCUCAAUAAAGGGUAUGUGACUGGAAUCUUAACAGUGGAUACUGUGGCUGAUUUUCUCCCUAGGAAAGGACCUCUCAGGCAGAGAAGGACUGGCAUUGCAUACAUAUCAAAUGUUGCGGUUAGGGAAAAAUUUCGACGGAAAGGAAUAGCUAAACAGCUCGUAGCAAAGGCAGAAGCUCAGGCGCUGAGAUGGGGUUGCCGUGCCAUUGCCUUACACUGUGAUCUGAACAAUCCUGGAGCUACAAAACUGUACAAGGGUCAGGGUUUCAGAUCUGUCAAGGUGCCAGAUGGAGCAACUUGGCCUCAGCCAAAGACCUCUCCGGAUGUCAAGUUUAAUUUCAUGAUGAAGCUUUUGAACACUUCUACGACUGCUUAGAUUCUUUUCAGAACAUGUGAAAUUCAAUAAGGAAAAUAUUUGGAGGAAAUAAAAAUGACAGACGCAAGAAAGGGAAACAAAACAAUGUAGGAUAUCCGAUAUUAGCUUGUAUAUAGUAUGUAAGCGAAACGGCUUCAACUUGCUUUGUCUUCAUAAUUUCAUGAUUGACGUGUUUUAUGUGACAUGAACUUGGUUGUUUCUUUGUCAAACGCCAAAGUUGUAAAGCCACAAUUCAUUGGAUUUAGCUAAGUUUAGAAAA